AUGAGGAAGUCUUUAAUUCUGCUAAUUCCUCUGCUCCUCGCAUUGGCAUAUGCAAAAGGAAGAAACUCUGGGAUAACCUCACAUAAUCACCAACGAUCCCCAAAUUAUUCAGCUGCUGACAUAUUUUCCCCAAAAAGAACGGAAAAGGAAUGUAUAAAAUGUUUACCCGAUAAUUUUUGUGAGUGUGAAUGCAGCUGUAAGAACAAAACAGGUUUUUCGAUGAAAUACAGGAAUGCAAGUAAGGGGCCUAAACUUCACAGAGAUCGUGAACAUACGAAUGGAACAUAUACUGACCCAAGAUCAUCUAUCGCUUUAAGUACUAAACGUGCCAAAAUUGAUAAACAUACAGAAAUUUUUCCCCCAAAAGGAAUCAAUCGAGAAGAAAGAACAACAUCAGUAGCUAAUACAGAUGAUGAUAAAAUACUCGAAUGUUUUUCUUCCUGCAAAAGUGUCACAGGGAUUCAAACAGAGGAAUGCAGCUGCUCCUGUUUCUGUUAA